GCCGCGAUGGUGCGCUCCGGCCAGCUGUGCGCCGCCGAGUGAGGCGCCAGCCUGUGGGUGCUGCCGGGGGCGGCGGCGCGGAGGGGGGGCACAACUGGCGGUGGCGCGGGUCGCGGUGCUCCGCUUGUGGCCGGGGGCGAAGGUGACGACGGGUCGCGAGGUGCUGGUGCUGCUGAGCAGUUCCGGGCCCGGAUCCCCUGUCUCCGUGUGUGGCGGCCCAGCUAUCGACCCCGGGUCCGCGCCAGCAGGAGCCUGGGGAGAAAUCAGCGGCGGCGCGACUGCUGGCGGCGGACGGCUGGAUGCGAGACCUGCGUGGACCGAGCGGCGGACAGCGGUUGUCGACUCCGAGAAGCGGAUCGCCCAGCAGAGGAGCCAGACCGCUCUGGCCAUGGCCUCCAACUUUAACGACAUAGUCAAGCAGGGCUACGUGAAAAUCCGCAGCAGGAAGCUAGGGAUAUUCCGAAGAUGCUGGUUGGUUUUUAAGAAGGCUUCUAGCAAGGGACCCAGAAGGCUAGAAAAGUUUCCAGAUGAAAAGGCAGCUUAUUUCAGAAACUUUCACAAGGUAACUGAACUGCACAACAUCAAAAAUAUAACCAGACUGCCUCGAGAGACAAAGAAGCAUGCAGUGGCCAUUAUCUUUCAUGACGAAACGUCAAAGACAUUUGCUUGUGAGUCAGAGCUGGAAGCUGAGGAGUGGUGCAAGCACCUAUGCAUGGAAUGCCUGGGGACUAGGCUGAAUGAUAUCAGCCUAGGGGAGCCUGACCUACUGGCAGCUGGGGUGCAGCGGGAACAGAAUGAACGAUUCAAUGUUUAUCUUAUGCCUACACCCAACCUGGAUAUUUAUGGUGAAUGCACAAUGCAGAUCACUCAUGAGAAUAUCUAUCUCUGGGAUAUCCACAAUGCAAAGGUCAAGCUAGUGAUGUGGCCUCUUAGCUCGCUGAGGAGAUAUGGUCGAGAUUCAACUUGGUUCACCUUUGAGUCAGGAAGAAUGUGUGACACAGGAGAAGGACUAUUCACUUUUCAAACAAGGGAAGGAGAAAUGAUCUAUCAGAAGGUCCACUCUGCAACACUGGCUAUAGCUGAGCAACAUGAAAGAUUAAUGCUAGAAAUGGAGCAAAAGGCCCGGCUUCAGACAAGCUUGACUGAGCCGAUGACGUUAUCGAAAUCCAUCUCUCUUCCUCGGAGUGCAUACUGGCAUCACAUUACACGUCAGAACAGCGUUGGAGAAAUCUACAGCUUGCAAGGUCAUGGGUUUGGUUCAUCAAAGAUGUCCAGGGCACAGACAUUUCCCAGCUAUGCUCCAGAACAGAGUGAAGAGGCUCAGCCACCGUUGUCACGGUCCAGCAGCUAUGGAUUCAGCUAUAGCUCCAGCCUCAUUCAAUGACACACUGAGGCCACCAAGGACCAGCAAGACAGUCUGCCUUGGACCUGCUAUGGGGUCAUUUCGUCCCAUGCUUCCUGGAAGACCAAUUGCAGUACAAUUUAACAUUGGUAGGGCCUAGUCCCAACUAGAAGGUUAAAAACUGGAGUUCUGCUUCCUUGAUUCAGUGGUUAAGUCCUUUACUUAUUGAAUUUCUAUGGGGGAAAUCUAUGUUUUACCCCCCCCAAAUAGAAUCCAAUAAUAUGAACACUCAUCUAAAUAAGAAAAAUUCUUUGUGUCUGACAUUAGCAGAAGUUUUGGUACUGGGAAAUUUUUCCACUCCAGUUUGAGCCUAGCUGUCACUAACAUUUGUCCUUAAGGUUAGGUGCUUUUGUUUAGACACAUGGUCUGUCUUUAGACAUAUGAUGACCUACUGCAAGCCCUGUGGCAUUUUCAGUUUUGGCAGAAACAAGUCAAGUGAGCUCUACAGAUGGCAUCUUUACUCUCUAUGUAAAAAUACCCGGUGUUAAUAAUGGGGUGUAAAGUUAGAAUACUCCAUUAAGAAGGGCCCUGUAGCUUGAGUUUGUGUGUGUGUGUGUGUCUGUCUCUGUGUGUGUGUGUGUGUGUGUGUGUGUGUGUGUGUGUGUGUGUGUGUGUAAGUAUAGCCAUGGAUAUUGCCAUAUCAACCUACAGAUAAGUAUAUAUCAUCAGUGCUGAGGGUGAUAGGAUAUGCUCACUUAAAUUAUUGAAAACUAAUUUGUUGCAUUAAAAUUGAUUGUUAUGUUGAACAGCUAUUUUUAACAUAGUGAUGUUAGAGUUUUUUUUUUUAAAGGCCCCCUACUAUCAACAGCAUUUCUGUAGUCCACUCUGAUCCUAUAAGGAGUAGGGUGGAAACUCAAGAGGAAAGUGUUUUAGAAGCAGGAUAACAAGCCUAGCUGUCCUGUGUGUUGGUUGUCAUAUUGUAUGUCUAGUUAGUGUUGCCUUGUUAUUGUUUCUUCCCUUGGCCAUCCAUCAGAAGUACUUGAGGAACUGGUGUAAUCUCCAACUCCAAAUGGAGACUCCAAAAUGUUGGAGAAAGACACAAAACUGAUCUUAAAGUAAACUCAGCUAUCAUGUGGUCAAGAGAGGAGAACAAAUGUUACACAAAAAUAGAUGUUAGGAUUUUAAAUUUCACAGACGAAUUUCACAAAGGCCAUCAUCACUGGGACUUGGCAUUCACUGUGGAAUCAGAACUUACUUGGCUUUAAUUUUUCUUGUACUGAAUUUACUUGGCUGGGAUGAAAGGAGAAAAUGUUUCACUUGUAAAUUUUUUAGCUCUAAAAUAUGACAAACUCCCAAGUUUGAGGGAAAAUAGGAAAUUCCACUCAAAGAGGAAAAGUCUGGCCAAUUCAGGUCAAAAUAGAAAUGUUUCCUGGGUAAAAAUAUAAAUUACUAUGCCUGACUCACCUGAUAUCAUGUGCCUAAACCAGGUAUCUAUCAAGGAAUCCAGAUCAUAUUUAAAGAACAAAAAACCACGAUCAGGCAAGAAGAAAACCUGAUUUUUUUUUCCAUAUUAGCAAAUGUUCUAUCAAAGUUAGUCUGCUAAAAGGAACCUUUCUCUGAUCCCCGUCAGGAUUUCCUUCAUCCUUAUCCAUAGGUGAAGAGCAGACUGACAACUCAUUUCAGUGAAUUACUACUGAGUAAAAGUGUUUAUGCAUCCUUCCUUGAUAAAUAUGCACUUACUGCAACUACCUACACUCCCCAAAUCACUCAGAUAGCUAUGAAAACCCCAUAAAGACUAAUCAUAAGAGUUAAUGUGGCUGUGAAAAAUAAUUACCUUAAGUCUUCAGGGAUAAAAAGAAAAUUGCCCAAACUCUGCACUGUCGAUUUUGUUGACACAGCAGAAGAGUAAAUCUGGGUCCUUCUGAGGACAGAGGAUACAGCCAUCCCUGGAAUUCCACUUUUCGGGGUUAAUGCCUCUGAGUUUCUAUAACACAUGGCAUCCACUGUAGAAAUGCCAUUAGUAAAUACACCAGAGCAACUCUGAGCUGAGACUGUUCUAGCACGGUUCCUAGUGUGGCCAUCAGAGAGAGCCUCUUGCUGGCUCACUGAGUUGAGCUGUUGCUUAGACACCACAAGUUUCUACAAGGAGCUUAUGGGGAAAGGCCCUGAGGGGGUCUUGAUUCACACCUCAGCUUUAUCAAUGUGCCCGAAGCACAAAUAGCAAGUCCAGUGGGAUUCUGCUAAUUAUGAGUCUGCUCUUGUGUCUCUUUGGUGGGAGACAAGUACUCACAUAAAGUAGCUUCACCGUUUGGUUCUGAUCAUUAACAGUGAGUUUCAUAGAGAAGGAACCAAAAGUCACACAUAAGUUUAGGCCAGUAAUUUUUUUCCUGAAGAUAGUGUCACGAAAAGAGUGUGUGAGAGACAUACCUCCUUAGUCUUUUAACCAAUCUCACCAUAGUGAGAAUAAUACUGUAAAAUAUUUCAUGAUAAACUUUUGGAGCUUUAUUCUAGCGUACUCCUCCAAGUAUACUUAAAAUUUUCAGCUAAGUCAAAACUACUCAGAAAAGCAGUAGGAGAAUUUAUAGUAGCCUAAUAUGCUUGACAUGAGGCAGUGAUUAUUGUAAUAAAAGAGACAAACAGAUGAACCUAUAUAAACCAAAGAUGAGAAGAUACUUGUGACAGUCUCCCGUAGCCUCAUAAAACCCAUUCCACCAUAAUUACUAGAAUGGCUGGGGGCAUGUGUUAGCUCACCUGAACCUGUAGGUUCUUGACUUAAGAUGCCUCUAUACUUUCUCAUUUUGAGGGAGAGACUGCUAUGCACCAAAGACAUCUUUAAGCUCCUUCUGAGUGUAACUCAGUUGGGCUUCCACUCAGAUUUAUACAGAGCUAUGAAGAUGGUACCAUAUCAAUAUCAAGUUGAUGGAGACAAAUGAUGACAGAGGCUGAUGUGCAUGAGAAAGUCUUCUCUCAAAGUCUGGAGGUAUACAUGUUUUCACAUAAAUAUUAGAUGAAGGAGGUUGGUCUUUUUUUUUUUGUACCCUACUGAUAAAUUAAUAUACAUGCAACCCGUGACACAUAACAUUUCAUCAAAUAUGCAGAAAAGUGUAAAGGAACUUGGACCACUGUUUUACUAUUCUGGUGGGGUGGAGGUUCGGACAAAAUCACAUCUUUUGCUAAGUGAUUGAACAACAACAAAAAAUUUUUUUUUGUACUCAGAGCUAAUUUACUCAGACCAGUUGGAAAUAGUUUUGAAUCAGUAGCUUUUGGUCACUGCCACAAUUUGAAUUUAAUAAAAUUUAAAUAGAUAUCUAGAGCAAGCCUUUUGCUGGUUCAGAAUGAAGCCAUUGUUUCAUAUAUUAGGGAAGAUGCUGUUUGAUAGAGCAUGUGAAAUGAAAAGAAGCAUAUUCAUUAGAACUAAACCUUUCCUCAUUCUAGUAUCUAGACAAUUAGUUCCAGUGUGCAAUUCUUCUGCUUUCACUGGGAAAUUUGUUUGAAAAUCAUUCAUCCUUCUUAUAAAAUUACCAGCCAUUCAUAUCUCUCAUCUAACAUAGAAGUCAUAGGGUGAUCAGUAUCUACACACUGUUAGUUGUAGAUUUUACAAUCCAAUUUAUUGCAUGUGGUAUCCUUAUAGUGGAUAUUAAAAAUACAUCAUGAAGGUUAAUGUGUAACUCUCAUUUUUUUGGCCAAUAUCUCACAAAAUUAUGUUUUGAGAAAGCAUGUAUAAUUUAUUUCUUUGAUAAUUGGAACCACAUACAAAAUAAUCAUUAGUACUACAGUGAAAGCAAACUAAGGUAAUUACAUUAUUAUUUUUUAAAAAAUGUAUUCCUGUCUUGACUAUUUUAAUACAGUACAAUAAAUGGGCAGUAUACAUUCUGUGGUCCUGAGGUUUAGGCCCUUACUACUUAAUAUUUCACAAAGUACAAAUGUAAUGUUAAUGACUGCUCCAAAUGAAAAUUAUAUAUAUUUUCUCCUAAUUUAUUAAUGUGUCUAUUCGUAUAGUGCAAAUGCUUCCUUUUACAGUCAUUAGUUAUGUAAUCUUUGGAUUACCACCUUCUCAAAAAUAGACCCCCCAAAAGGGCGUCUUUUGAGUAUGUAAUCUUGGUUUUAAAAUUAAGUAAUAUGUUACACAAAUAAAUUUCUAGCCUAUGAAAUUUAGGAAGUAUUCUUGGUUAUAAAAUUUAUGAAAAUUACCCAUGAAAAAAAGUAGAGUCAAUGGGAAAUGAUUAGUCUGUAGGAUAAUUUGAGCAAAAUGAUAAAGAAUCCAUUGACAUAGCCAGCAUGACACUUGGAUCCUACUCUUCCAAGAUUUAGAAUUUCUUCUGUGUGGUAGAUUUUGCCUUCUUCAGUAUAGUACUAUGUGCAGGUGAAAAACAAUCAUAUUAUGUCUUAACAUUUGCAUAGAAAACACAUUAUCAACAAAUGUGCUUCUUUUAAUUGUGGAAAAAAAAACACAAAGGAAGGUAUGUAAACUGAAAUUUUGUAAUGCCAGAAUUGCUUUUUGUGGACAACUUCUUUUGAAAUUUUGCCAUGAAGUUGUGUUAUCAGUGAAAAGGACUACUUGGUCAGUAUACACAGAGAAACAGAAAUCCCCAUAUUUAUGUACUCUAAAUGAAUUAGAAGGGCACCUGCCUUUUUGUGUGUGGAUUGCUAUGAGCCCAUUCUUUCUUACUCAAGAGUGUGAACUUUGAAGUAUUUCUACAAUUAUUCUCAGAGAAGAAGGGUUAAAUAGUUUUAAAUUUUUGUACAAAAAUCUUGAGAAGUCAGACACAUUUUUAAGAUGGGAUUAAACCGUGGCAGCAAUGGUAAGGUUAUACAGAGUGAAAGAUUCCUUUCAUGUUUCCCUGGAGAAAAAAACUGAAACCUGAGGGCUUUCUAAUUUGUUCAGAGGCAAUAAACAUCUGGGAAUGUUUUUCUCCUGCUCUCCACGAAUGUUCUCUGGCUCCACCCAUCACUCAGCAGGGAAUGAGAAAUAGCUCAUAUCUAAGCCCUUGUACCUUGAAAUGCUCUCCUUUCAUUCUUACAUUUUUUUUUCCUUAGAUUCAUCACCAACACACCCCAAAAUGCUUUUCUGUGAGCAACUCCUUCUGUUGAUUGCUAUAAACAUUUUCAUUUAUAAAUUGCCAACCAGGGCUUUAUUACCUCAAAUAAUAAGCAACCUAAAACGUAAGGCAAUGUUUUUCUUGUUGUUGUUUGUUUGUCUAUUUUUACCAUUUUUCUUUUUGCCCACUAACAACUCAUAUGAUAACCAUGAUUAUUAUUUUAGGGGACUUUAUCACACCAGAGGACAUUAUGGCGCCAUUGUUAAUAACUUUUAUCACAACAGCAUUAGAUAGCUGAUGACAUUAGGGUUACAUUCUUUCAUGGAAACCAUACAGUUUCCAUUCUCAAAAAAAAAUAAAGAUAAGAAUUUUAUAUUAAGAUGUCAUAUCUGUCAUAUUUUUCUUUAUGAAUUUGAGUGGGCAUUAUUUAAAUUAUUUGAAAUUUAGAUAAAUAAGAAUGAAGUUUAAAAAUCAUCUUUUAUUUGUAAAUUUCAGACACUUUUCCUCAAGGUUAAAUAUGACUCUGUAAAUAUUUGUAAAGGAAAAAUUCACUUGUAAGAGAACUAUCCCCUGUAGGAAUUUCACAUAUACAGUAAGCUUUAUUUUAAUGUAUCUAAUUUUCUCUGACAAUAGCCCUAAUCUGAAAUCCUCAUGUUGAUUAAUGCAAAUAACUUAAAUUUUAUCACUCUCACAAUGGUUUUAGACUAAGCAUAUAAAAUCAAUCCUCUCUAUAAACAGAACUGUGUAUCUCUGGUAACUUUCUCCAGAAAGAGAGAGAGAGAGAGAGAGAGAGAGAGAGAGAGAGAGAGAGAGAGAGAGAGAGAUCUAAUAGUGGCUACACAAGGAGACUGGGAUCCCACACUAUGGAGAUGAGCAAACAUUACAUAAUUUACUUCUUUCCUUUUCUUAGACACUGUUACUUUAGCUGUCAGAGGCAGUACAUGAACUAUACCAGCAAAUCUCUCCACUUCUGGGCACAAAGGCUAGUGUCACCUUCACUGCAGAUGACAAAAUCAUUGGUUCCCUUGCCUCCUCUCAUGUGCCCCAACCAAGACACAUGCUAACAUUCACAGACACACUCUUACCUUUGGCUUUUGACUCACUCGAUUUUCAGUGAAAUAUCAUUUGUCUUUUUAGAAACACAAAUGUUAUUUUAAUAUUUAUCCCUAUGAAUCUCAAAAAUAUACUAGAUUAUACAUUAUAUGUUUGCUUUCUGUAAAUCUUUAUUUAACUAAUUUUUAUGUACUUUCUGAAAUGUUCUACUGUGCAUUAUAAAGAGAUAGCAUUUGUUGUUGUUCAACUACAAUGAUUAUGAUCAUUUUGAUAAAAUUCACCAGACAUUGAGCUCUAAGAAAUGAAAUACCUAUUACAAAAUUGCUUCAGUUGGAGAACAUAUGACCUACCACAUCUUAUUAUUAGUUACAAUUUAUUCCAAAUUAAUAAUAGUCUGGGGACAUCUGGAUUUAAAUACUAUUUGAAACACAACUUCCAAAUGAAGUGCAAUGCAAAACAAUGUCCAUGGAAAAUAAAUGUGAAUUUCUGACAGAGCAUAAAAAAAAUGAGACAAUAAUAAAAUUAAGAAAUUUAAUUGUUUUAAAAUCUGUGUAUGAUUUUUACCCUUCAGUAAAAAUGCAUACUUGAAUUUCUUGCUCCUGAAUUUCUCAUUUUUACAUACAGUUCAAUUUUUAAAAGAUAUAAAUAAUCUGAUGAUGAUGAUUUCUUAUAAAUCCAAGAAAUUCACAAGUGGAAUUGCUACAAAAAACAUGGUUGUACAACAUUAAAACCUGCCUUGUCACUUUAAAAAAGGGCAAAACAGCUAAAGUAUUACUCUACACCACAACUCUGCAUGAAUGAAGUUUUGAGCUAAUUCAAUGACUUUAUCCAUAAGUUAUCUGACUUUCCUAGAACUGUAAUAGUGAUUUCCUUACAUUUUUGUUAUGUGAUGAAUGUAACUUAGUGAUUAACCAGAAUUCUGACAAUCAUAUCUUGCUAACCUAUAAAUGUUAACUUCUUCCAUCACUUAUGAGCUUGCAAUUUUCAAAAUAAAGUGAAAGAGAGCCCUUUAUUAACUGUAAGGUUACUGAGAAUUUAUUGCACAUUUCCAGUAUUUCCCUAACAUUAUCAUAUUAGAGUUUGAGUUUCCUUGGGUUGAAUAUGCUUGGAAUGAAUUAUAGAACAUUAGUAUUGAUGAUAUUAUUACAACCAAUAUGUUAACAUCUAUUUUUCAAGUGAAAAGACACACAGAAAGCAUAAGUGAGUUACCCAAUGUGAUGUAAUUAGAUUUACUCAAUAAUGACUGUCCUGCAGUGAUGUGAUCCAUUUUCCAUUUGACAAGUCUUCUCUUGAUACAGCAGUCUUUGUCAUUUUAAUGUAGAUCUGUCUAGAUAAACAUUUGCUGAGCCUCUUUCUCAAAACUUGGUGGUUAAAUAUCAACUGAGCCUUCUGGUUAGUUUACCAAAUGAUUUUUUUUAAAAAAUGAAUAGUUCCCUUCCUUAAGAAAGCUUACCCCUAAAGAAAGGUUAAAAUUUCUCAGUCCUGGAGAAAACAAACUGGAUUGUAGACCCAGAUCACACAGUCAGUAGUGUUAAAGUUCCUUUGAUGGGGAGGUAUAGCCAGACAAACUUGCAAAAAAAAGAAAGAAAGAAAGAAAGAAAGAAAGAAAGAAAGAGAGAGAGAGAGA